AUCGUCAAGAAACAUCUUCGGCUUCUGAUUAGUAAAAUCAUUCUAUUCUCUUCUCAUAUGAAAAAUUGACAUGUUUUUGCACUUGGAAACCCUAAGAUUUUGCCCUGUUCUCUGUUGACAGUAAAUUGUAUUUGUUUUGUGAUUGUACAAUCAUCAUUUACUUUCAGUUAGGCUCUGGUACUGGUAUGAAACUUCAAUUGUUUGAGCUAUGAUUGAGCAUAUCGGAUUAGAGAACAAAACUAACCAGUUUGAUGGUGUUCCUUCUCUAUUAUAAUUUAUGGAAAUUACUUUUUAAUAUCAAUAUCUAAAAGAGGAAGAAUUGUAGCUCGGACUGUCUGCAACACUAUCCAAACCCUCAAUUCUUCUGCAAUUAGAACAUUGUUGGAUGUAAAAUUUUAACCAUGAAAAUGUAGAGAGGUGAAUGAUACUAAGGAAAGAAGAAUAAGUGUUUCGUAAGUGUUUCGAUCAAUCAAAUCGAAUUGCGAAGAUUGAACGAGUGGAAAAAAUUAAAUUAAAUGUUGAACUAAUUUAAUUCACUUUAUUUAAUUAACUAAAACCAAGGUUUCGUACAUAUAAAUUUGAUUUUAAUUUAGAUUUUCAGGCAUAAAAACGAUAAAAUUUUAAAUUUCUCCAUUAAAACAACGAUUUGAUGGCUGUCAUUAAAUGAUUCUUCCUUCUGUAAAACCAGCCAGAGAGAAUUUCCCUGCUCGCUCUCUCUCUCUCUGUUUCUUUACUCUCUUCCAGAGAGAAAAUGGCGAGGGUGAAAAAAUCCAAUCAUCAAAUGGAGGCACUGCAACAAAGAGCAUCCAAAGCAGAGAAUGCGGAUGCUUCGGGCUCCAUCGUCAAUGCAGAAGAGAUGAAGAAUUCGAGAAAACGUCGUCGUAUCGGAGGUACGAAGGCCAAACCAGAGACCGGCAUUAGGAUGCGGGUGCAGAUAACUCCUAACUGCUGCCCUGGGAUCUCUCUUUUGACUCGGGAACUUGGUUACCGCUCCAACGGGCAGACUGUAGAAUGGCUGCUUUCCCAGGUCCGACCCGACCUCAUCCUUCCCAACCCGAACUCACUCCCGACUCAUCGGAAACAAAAACCGGUCUGCAUGGCUUACCCGGAAGAUGAGAAGAUCGUGGACCUCAUUUCUGGUGGGCCCAGGCAGCCGGUGAGGGUUACGGUGGUUCAGGCUUCGACUGUGUUCCUCGAUACUCCGGCCACGUUAGAUAAAGCAGAGAGAUUGGUUGCUAGCGCUGCUGCCUAUGGAUCACAGUUAGUCGUGUUUCCUGAAGCAUUUGUCGGUGGUUAUCCAUAUUGUGUGAUGCUUGAAGCUGCAUUGGUAACUCAUUCUACCAAUGAGAAUGAAGAGUUCUUAAAUUAUCAUGCCUCUGCUAUUGAUGUGCCUGGUCCUGAAGUUGAUAGACUGGCGAAGAUUGCUGGUAGAAACAAAGUACAGUUGGUAAUGGGAGUAGUGGAGAGAGUUGGAUCCUAUCUCUUUAGCACUAUCUUGUUUUUUGAUUCCCUGGGGCAGUUUAUUGGGAAAAAUCAGAAGGUAAGGCUACUAGCAUCAGAAUGUGCAGUGUGGUGGUCUGGGGGGACAUCUUCAGUACUGGUAUAUGAGGGCCCAGCUGGGAAAAUCGGUGGCCUUGUUGGUUGGGACAAUAGGAUACCUCGUCUGAGAACUGAAUUGUAUGCUAGAGGCAUUGAAAUAUACUGUGCACCUGCAGUUGAAGCGAGGGACAAAUGGCAGGCAUCCGUUACCCAUAUUGCCCUUGAAGGUGGCUGCUUUGUUCUUUCUGCAAACCAGUUCUGCAGAAAGAAAGACUAUCGACUGCCUGAAUAUUUUUGCGGAGAAAAUGCGUCACAGGAUGCCAUCAUAUGCUCAGGAGGCAGUGUCAUUAUUUCACCGUCGGGAACCAUUUUGGCCGGACCUAAUUUCCUGGGAGAAUCACUCAUUUCGGCUGAUCUAGAUCUUGAAGAGAUUGCUCGGGCAAAGCUAGAAGCAGGCAUAGGGCAUAACUUUGGUUAGAUACCAAACAGACCUGUUCCACUUUUGUUCCCCUCUAUGUAUAGACCUUGUAAAAAGGUGCAGGAAAAGAAUUAUGUGCAGAAAGAUUUUGUUCUCCUGUAUGUAUAGAAUGUGAAUGUACAAAAAGGGGGCAGAUAUAGGGUUGUAUAGGCUAAGAAAGUCCCUUGGUUUAUAUGCCUUUUUUUUGGUGACUCUAUAUGAUUUUUGACUGGGUAGAAUGUGCACAAUGUGGAGUCUAUUGAGAUCUAGUAAAAAGAACUUUAGUAUAUAGA